AACACGGGGAAUAUAGAGCAUCUGAACACAGCCGACAGCUUAGUUUUAAAUCCACAAUGGCAGAUCAACUAACAGAAGAACAAAUAGCAGAAUUCAAAGAAGCUUUCAGCUUGUUUGACAAGGAUGGAGAUGGUACCAUCACAACAAAAGAAUUGGGAACAGUCAUGAGGUCUCUAGGCCAAAACCCAACAGAAGCUGAAUUGCAAGACAUGAUCAAUGAAGUUGAUGCUGAUGGAAACGGCACAAUAGACUUCCCAGAAUUCCUCACAAUGAUGGCACGGAAAAUGAAGGACACCGACAGUGAAGAAGAAAUCCGUGAGGCAUUCCGUGUAUUUGAUAAAGAUGGCAAUGGCUUUAUCAGUGCAGCUGAAUUACGACACGUAAUGACAAAUUUAGGAGAAAAACUAACAGACGAGGAAGUUGAUGAAAUGAUCCGGGAAGCUGACAUUGAUGGUGAUGGACAAGUCAAUUAUGAAGAGUUUGUGACAAUGAUGACCUCAAAGUAAUUAUGGACUAUGGACAUAGUAGAUUUUUUCAUUAAAUUUGUUGUCAUUAAAAUCACGUGGAAUGUACGUUGUUGGUACACUUUUGUGACCAAACUGGGGAAUAAAUGCAGUCCAUGCGUUGCUGAUGGAAGCCAGACUGGAUGGCCAAAGGGGAACCCUUCGACAGCAACGCUGUAUUUCCAGGCCGAGGGAUUAAAGACUCCCAAAGGAAACCAUAUCCCAGUUUCGAUGUAGAGCUGCUAUUUUCACUCUACAGAUGCUAUGGAUUAUCAGGCAGGGAGAUUUCUAGUUGUUAGUCAAGUGUAGCUAGCUAAUUAGACACUUCAGAUUUUUGUAAAAAAGAAAAAAACGAGGGAAAAAGUUGUAUGUUACAGGUGUCCAUUGACUUUUGUUGUUGACAGACGUUUCAUUCAUCGACAUUUUCUCUCAUUACCUGUUGACAUUUGUUGUUACAUCCUGUGCAUUUCUCUUCAUUAUAUACAUUCUUCAGGAAAACAUUAAGGGUGUACAAAUUGGUAAAUUCACUUUUCAUUGUGAGAUUAUAUCGAUAAAAGAUAAUAAUCAUGAUUGUCUCAAAAUAAAUAUUAUUGUAAUUUUUCAGA